AUGGCCUCACCACCGCUAUCGCAGGUGCUGCCUCCGCUGCUGCUGGGGACGGCCACCUUCAACCACCAGUACCACCCCGACCCGUCGCGCAUGCCCUACGUCGACAUCGUCCGCAGAGCCCUCGAGCACGGCAUCACCGCCUUCGACACGUCGCCCUACUACGGGCCCUCCGAGGUGCUGCUGGGCCAGGCCCUGCGCCUCGUGACGCCGCCGCCGCCGCGCGAGGGAUACUUCCUCGUCACAAAGGCCGGCCGCAUCAAGGCCGACGAGUUCGACUACUCGCCCGCCUGGGUGCGCUACAGCGUCUGCCGCAGCCUCGAGCGCCUGGGCACGCGCUACCUGGACCUGGUGUACAUGCACGACGUCGAGUUUGUGACGCCCGCCGAGGUGCUGCAGGCCGUGCGGGAGCUGCGCCGCCUGCGCGACCAGGGCCUGAUCCGCUACGUCGGCAUCAGCGGGUAUCCCGUCGAGACGCUGGCCGCGCUGGCCGAGGCGGUGCUGCGCGAGACGGGCGAGCCGCUCGACGCCGUCCUGUCGUACGGCAACUUCUGCCUGCAAAACGGCCGCCUGGGGCGCCCCGACUUCCUGCAGCGCUUCCGCGCCGCCAGGGUCGAGUGCCUGCUCAAUGCCAGCAUCCUCAACAUGGGCCUGCUCACCACCCGCGGCGUCGACAACGGGCCCAUGGCCUCGUGGCACCCCUCGCCGCCCGAGCUGCGCAGGGCCUGCGCCACGCUGUCGCAGAUUGCAAAGGACAACGGCGAGCACCUCGAGGGCGUCGCCAUCCGCUGGGCGCUCGAGAACUGGGCCCGCGCCGGCAGCGACUUUGGCACCACGGCCUACGUCGGGGCCGGGCCUCGCAUCGGCGCCAGCGUCAUGGGCGUCACGGCCAUUGCCGAGCUCGACGAGACGUGGCAUCUGUGGCGGAGCGUCAUCGGGCCCGUCAUCGGCACCGAGGACGAGACGGCGACGGACAAGAGCGAUAAGAUUGCGAGGCUGGUCGAGGACAAGAUGUGGCCUAGUCUGGGCUCAUGGAAGGACUAUGCGUGGGAGAGCGGCGGCGAGACGUUUGUCAAUGCCAGGGCGACGCCUGGACAGAUUCCGAAUGACGAGGUGGCGGAGAGAUGGGGGCUGGUUCCUUCAACAGCAGCAGAGGUGGUUUCCAAGUUAUGA